UAUAGUGGAUAACUUAGCUUGGAAAUAGAAUCAGGAAUGGUCGUGACGACAAGAAACCAAAAGACUCGAUAAGAAUUAAAAAUACAAAAGUUGAGCAACAUGACCGGUCUUCAAUUUUCCGUCAUCCGAGUUAUCUUCAUACUGACGCAGCUUUCCAAAGUGACCACGACGAAUUGUGGGAGAGAAUCGUCUAUCCAUGGCAUGAUGCUUCGCGGUCACACAUUCAAGACUCUUGAGGCUAAAAGCCUCUCAGAAUGUGUGCAGGAAUGCAACGAAGACGACAAAUGCCAAAGCUUAAACCUUGUCCCAUUAAAGGACAUUUGUGAGUUGAAUAAACGAACAAAGGAGGCUAGGCCAGAGGACUUUGUCACAAAUAAAGAAUGCCUUUACGUGAGACGAUGGAAAAAGAGAGUUCCUCUGGGUUCUAUCCCUGAGUUACCCGCAGAAUCUUGUGCAGAGAUAAAACGAAGUGAAGGAGCAGCUAUGAGAAGCGGUGGAUUCUGGAUACAAUCGUCUGUUAAUUCAGGAAAAGCGAGUUUGGUAAAUUGUGAUGUCGGCGAAUCAAAUGAUAUCGAUGAAUGCAAAAGUAGAUCUUUACAUGGUUGUCAUAGUGAUGCUGUGUGUCAUAAUACCGUGGGCUCAUACAAAUGUACCUGUAAAGAGGGAUUCUUUGGAAAUGGAAAAACAAGUUGCUCACCAGUAGGCUGUGUUGGGUACAAGUGGUUCACAGAGGCGGACAGACGCCGUUCUUUUCCUGCGAAUGAAAUCAAGUGUGACCGUCUAAAAGAGAGAUCGUGGUACCGAUUCAGCGAGGAGUCUGGAACUAAGAUGGCGACAACGUGUGUUCCUCCUUACAGAUGCAAUACACAUGCGCCAAGCUGGCUGAACGGAUUACAUCCCGAGGAGCAUGAAGGGAUUGUGACCAGACAAGUGUGUUUCCACUGGUCAAAUCAUUGCUGUCAUUUUACAACUAUCAUCAGGGUCAGGAAUUGUGGUUCAUUUUACACUUAUGAGCUUGGUCCUAUAAAUUUAUGUCAUAUUCGCUAUUGCGGUGAAUGA